AUGUACCUCCGGGCGAGGAUCAUCCAGAAACGCAAUUACCUGGAAUUCUCAUCAUCUGAUAUUGCAGAUUCAACUGUGGUCAACACUAUUUUCCCUAACUAUGCUAAUGGGAACGUGCGCAUAAAAUAUAACCACUUCAAUAGGUUUUGGAGGCUCAGCCCCAACUGGAUCUGGGCUGACUCGGCCGACACCAGCAGCAGAGACCGUGACACGCUCUUCAGGGUGGUCAUGUUGCCCGACUACAUCGGUCUCCAGAACCUGCGAAACUCCAGGUACUGCAAGAGGCUAACUGCCGACAAGAAGACAAGCUGCCUUAAUGCCGCCGUCGAUACCAUCACCCUUGAAGCAAGAUUACGGGUGGAAGAAGCCGUACUUUCGCGAGAGGUCUAUGGCGUGGAGUUCAAGCUCUCCGAAGCUAGGAUCUACGGCGAGAAGCCUCUUACCUUUCCCAGCAUGACUUCAACCAAUGACACCAAUGAAACACAUGCCAAAACCCUGACCCUGAAAUACGAGGAGACGCAGGCCAAGACCUGGAGCUCGACUGUUAGCCUCAAGAUCGGUGUCACGACCAAGUUAAGAGCCGGGAUCCCGGUCAUAGCAGAAGGGAAGGUUGAGGUAUCCACUGAAUUCAACUCAGAGUACGAGUGGGGGUCAUCCAUUCAGACAACGACGUCACAAGAGGCCUCCUACCAGGCUGUGGUGACUCCGAUGACCAAGGUGACAAUCAGAGCGGCUGCGACUCAGGGUUUUAUUGAUGUCCCGUUCUCCUACACUCAGAGGGACAUUCUGAUCACAGGAGAGGUUGUUACCUACAAGAUGGACGAUGGCCUGUUCACUGGUAUGAACAACUAUAAUUUUCAAUUUGAAGCCACACAAGAGCCCAUCUGA